GAUAGCAAAAACCUCAUGAAUUAGUCUUUACAUAUAUUAUUGUAUCUGAUAGGAGGCAGACAUCCUUUGCUUUAUAGUAAACUGGCAUUUGACGAAGCAUGAUCUGGAGUGAUAACUGAAGGUAAAGAGGGGAUAUAAUACUUACUAAUGUCCCACUAUAUGUCAGACAGUAUUCUAGGUCCUUUGAAUAUUAACUUAUUUAAUCCUUAGAACAGCUCUUAGAACGGUAAUUAUUCUCACUUUACAGAUGAUGAAACGGAAGCUCAAAAAGAUUAAGUGACCUACUCAAGGUCAUGUAGAUAACACGUGCUGGAUCUAGAAUUAAAAUCAUGUCUGCCUAAUUCAUUCAUCCAUCUACUCAUUUAUUCAUUUGACAAGGAUUUAUUAUGCAUCUAUGUGCUAGCCCGGGAAGUACAGUAAUGAAGAAAAAUUACAUCAUUCCUAUUCUUGUGGAGUUGACAGCCAUUUAAACAAAUAGUUACACAGGUUAUGUUCUUUCUACCACACCAAACUACUAAUACAUUGAGGAUUAGCACUCAUUCUUCAGAGAGUAGUGGGAAUUCAAAGAUAAGAAUCCGGUAAGGAAGACUAUAAUCUGAAAAGAUGCGCUUUAGUACUCAAGCUAAAUCCAUGAUGUGUUCCUGCUUACUAUAAACAUCUGUGAGCAGUGGGCCUUGAGUUCCCCUUUUUAAAAAUAUUACUCUUUAAAAUCAGGAAAGGUGUGCAUUAGGGUUGUAUCCUUUCACCAUAACUGUUCAAUUUGUAUACUGAGCAAAUAAUCCAAGAAGCUGGACUACUUGAAGAAGAAUGCAGCAUCAGGAUUGGAGGAAGACUCAUUAACAACCUGUGAUAUGCAUAUGACACAACCUUGCCUGCUGAAAGUGAAGAGGACUUGAAACACUAAUGAAGAUCAAAGACUGUAGUCUUCAGUACACAUUACACCUCAACAUAAAGAAAACAAAAAUCCUCACAACUGGACCAAUAAGCAACAUCAGGAUAAACAGAGAAAAAGUUGAAGUUGUCAAGGAUUUCAUUUUACUUGGAUCCACAAUCAACAGCCACGGAAGCAGCAGCUAAGAGAUGAAAUGACAUAUUGCGUUGGGCAAAUCAGCUGCAAACUACCUCUUUAAAGUGUUAAAAAGUAAAGAUGUCACUUUGAGGACUAAGGUGCACCUGACUCAAGCCAUGGUAUUUUGAGUUACCUGAUGGGCAUGUGAAAGCUGGACAAUGAAUAAGGAAGACUGAAGAAGAACUGAUGCCUUUGAGUUAUAGUGUUGGUGAAGAAUAUUGAAAUAUACCAUGGACUGCCAGAAGAAUGAACAAAUCUGUCUUGGAAGAAAUACAGCCAGAAUGCUCCUUAGAGGCGAGGAUGGUGAGACUUCAUCUCAUGUAUUUUGAACAUGUUAUCAGGAGGUACCAGUCCCUGGAGAAAGACAUCAUGCUUGGUAAAGUAGAGGGUCAGCAAAACAGAGAAAGACCCUGAAUGAGAUGGAUUGACACAGUGACUGUAAUAAUGGGCUCAUAAUAGCAACAAUUUUGAGGAUGGCACAGGACUAGGCAGGAUUUCAUUCUGCUGUACAUGGGGUCGCUAUGAGUCAGAACCAACUCAACAGCACCUAACAACAACAGCAACAAAGACAACAUUCUUGAUAAUUUUUAUUAUUAGGUGUAAAAGCAAUUAAUAGCUGAUGAACAUUAUUAACAACACAACAGUACUCAUUUACAUUUUUAAACUUCUUAACUGUAUAUAAAACACUUUAAUAUGUGCUUUCAUGUGAUAUUUAUAACAACCUUAGGCAAACCUAGUUCUUUUGGAUCCUAGUUCUCUUUCUUGGUGUGCAUAGAAAGUUAUGGUUUUGUUGUUUGGAUUUUUUUUUGUUUACAUAACAAAUUUAUCGAGCUGCUGUUAUGUGCAGUGCAUUCUGCCCAGCACUGUGGGGGAAAUAAAAUGAUUGAAAAUGUUCAGUCCUUGCCCUUAAUGAAGUCUGAUGGGGCAAGAAAUGUAGAUGGACAACACGGGAAUGAGUUUCUUAGGAAUUUUUGGGUAGAGGAAAUGCUAUCCCUGGACUAAGCAUGGAUUCACCAUUCUCCAGAAUCCAGUUGAUUCGUGAUGUUCCAGCACGGUGGUGGAUGUUAGGUCUGGGGGCAUAGAAGCUGUUUGCAUGGAAAAGCCAGUUUUAAAUUAAGUCCUAGCAGGUCCUUGUCUAGAAUAAAUACAAGUAGGGGGCAAAGAUGGAAUUUAUUACUUUUCUUGUUUGUCUCUUUUCUAAACAGGUGUAUGUGUUAAUAGCUAACCAGCACAAUGGAAAACACAGCAAAAGUAAGUAAAAAGGAUAUCCAAGAUGGGCCACCAAAAGAAGUCAAACUGCCUGUCAGUGAAGCACUUCUAGACUAUCACUGUCAAAUAAAGGAAAAUGUAGUAGAACGAUUCAUGGUUCAAUUAAAGAAACUUAGGGAAAAGAACCAAAAGUAUCAUGAAAGAAAUAAACGCUUAAAGGAUGAACAGAUUUGGCACAUAAAGAACCUACUAAAGGAACUGGGUGAAGAUAAGUCAAAGGGAGUACCAGUUGUAACAAGAGAGGAUGUUGAAGAAGCAAUGAAGGAAAAAUGGAAGUUUGAAAGAGACCAGGAACAAAAUUUGAAAGAUAUGCGCAUGCAAAUAAGUAAUGCUGAGAAACUAUUUCUUGAGAAACUCAGUGAGAAGGAAUAUUGGGAAGAGUACAAGAAUGUAGGGAGUGAAAAACAUGCUAAACUCAUUACAUCCUUAGAAAAAGACAUCAACACAGUUAAAGAGAACGCAAGGAAAAUGUCAGAACAGUAUAAAAUCACUCUGGAAGAUGCUAGAAAGAAAAUAAUCAGAGAAACUUUGUUACAACUGGACCAAAAGAAGGAAUGGGCCACACAGAAUGCUGUAAAGUUCAUUGACAAGGGCAGCUAUAGAGAGAUCUUGGAGAAUGACUGGCUAAAAAGAGAGAUUGCAAUUCACAGGAAGGAAGUUGAAGAAUUGGAAAAUGCUAUUCAUGAGCUGGAAGAAGAAAAUUUGGUGCUUAUUGAUCAACUGUUUAACUGUAGGCUUGUGGAUCUCAACAUAUCCAGGUCUCCUCCAGCUCCACACUCCUGUCUCUCUAAUCCUUGCCAUCUGCUGCUCCUGUUUUCUUUGUGAUUACAUCUAAUCUCUGCCAGCUGCUGGCUGGUUCUACGGCUAUAUCUUACGCAAGCAGCUGGACAAGAAGUGCCACCUGAAGAAACUGCUUUGGAGUUUCCAGAAGUACUUAAUGAAGCGAGGUCAAAAUUACAACAUGAACAAUUAAAAAUGAAAGACGUGAUGAUUCCAUUAAUGGAGAGCAGUGCCUCACAUAUUAAUCGUGAGGAUAGCAUCAAAGAGUUCCAUCUGAAGAUAGAUGAAAAGGAUAUUUCAUCCACAGAGUUUGGAACCUCUGAAAUGAAAUACUUACUAUACGAGGAUGAACAGGAUUUCAAGGAUUAUGUAAACUUGGGCCCCCUGGAAGUGAAGCUCAUGACUGUGGAGAGCAAGAAAAUGCCCAUUCAUUUUCAAGAGAAGGAACUUCCAGUCAAAUUCUACGAAGAUAUCAGCAGUCCACAAAGACUCAUCACAUAUAAGAUGAUGAAGUCUUUUCUCUAAGACUGAAAGCUGCAAAGUAAAAACAACUUUUCCUUAUCAAUGAUCUCUGGGAACUGAAAUAUAUCAUUUGCCCAUUUUAUUUACACUUUGGUCUAUUUUUAAACCAGUUGUUAGAAUAACCCUUAGGUAAAUUUAUUUCUAAAGGUCACGAUUACAUUUCAAAUCAAAGCUCCAAGUAUUCAGCUUUUCAUUUAGUGGUUUGGCAUGAGUGAUAAAAAUGAAAGUACGCUUUGUUUUAAAGUGUUCA